AUGUGGGAAGCAUUCUUAGCUAUUCUCACUUUGUCUAUGGCAACAGACUUUCAUUUUAUUUCCACAGGUGCUGCCCCAGAACAGCGCUGUAAGUACGAUGACGUUCUUCAGUACCUAAAUAUCUCCUCUGAAAAGGCACCCCCACUACAUACGAUACCCAAGGAAAAUUGGAAAGAGCCGUUGAAAGUGGAGACACAAUUUAUACUGAUUUCCAUCCUCUCGGUGACUGAAAAGCUUCAAACUGUCACAGUCUAUUUCGUAGUGACCAUGAAGUGGAAAAAUGGCUUUGUGACUUGGAAUCCUCAAGAUUUCUGUAACAUUUCCAAACUCGUUCUGCCAGUGGAUACAUUUUGGUCCCCAUAUAUCGUCAUUUAUGAACAAGUGGAUGAAGAGAAAUCUCUCAGCAGGCCCUUUCUGUCCAUCACUCACAAUGGCAUCAUUAGCACAACCCAACAGCACCAGGCCACCAUAACGUGCAGCUUGGAGAUGCACAAGUUUCCAUUUGACAGCCAGAUGUGCAACUUGAGCAUAUUCUCAGCUAUGUAUUCAGUAACAGACAUUAUACUCCUGUCCAAUCAGACAACAGAAGAGGCGAAUAAACAAAGCCAACUUUAUCACCUGACCAAUGGAGAAUGGAAGUUCAUGAACAUAAACAUCAUAGAAUACACAGAUUCAGUGGACGAAGAAGAGUUUGCUGUGAUCAUCUAUCAGAUCUCCAUGAAAAGACGACCCAUUUUAUACGUUUUGAACCUUAUCUUCCCAACAUGCGUGCUCUACUUAUUGGAUAUGGCUAUUUUGUUCAGUGCCAGCUCUUAUGGGGACAAGAUCAGCUUCCAGCUGUCACUCAUCAUUGGAGAGUCUGUGUUAGCUGUGAUUCUUAAGGACAUUCUUCCCACUUCUUCCGAUGACCCACCCAUAAUAGUGAUGUUUUUCAUAGGCAUCUUUGUCCUAAUGAUUAUGGGUGUAUUGGAGACCUGCCUAUUAAUACAGCUCAAAAAGAAACCCCUACACCCUUUACUCAAGGCUAUCAAACUGCUGAGAUGCCGCAAGCAAGCUAGAACAACAUCUGGAAACCUCCUAAGCAAGCAGGGAGAUUCGCUGACUGAGAUGGCCAGGGGACAAGAGGAGGAGAGGAGAGAUUCAAGCCCACUUGGAAAGGGAAAUACAGAACUACCCAUGCUUAUGGAAACAAUCAAUGCAGAAGGGAAGCGAAUUGGGACCCAGGCAGAGCUACAGGAGUGCGACUCAGCUCUGCUAGUUCUGGAUCAGGUGCUUUUCUGCAGCCAUUUGCUUUUAUCACUACUGUUUAGCAUCGUCAUUAUUGUACAAUGGAGCAGUUAAAUGUGGGCGAAUUGCCUUUUCUAAUACUUGCUUGCCUCAGCCUCCUCCCUAACAAGGUUUUCUUGUUUCUUAUGCUUGAAUUAAGCAGUGUACUGCAUGUCUGAAUAACACUGCAAGCUCUGCAGGGCAGGAGCCUUGCUCUUGCAUGUGCUUUGUAAACAAUGUGUACACCUAGGGCAUCCC